AUGGACAUCAGUGCAGUCAACAAUCUUUCAUUUGAAGAUUAUUUUAAUGUGUUUGGUAAUGUGGUGGAGAAGAGCCCGUUCAUCGCUGCUGCUCUGUGGUCGCGGCGUCCUUUUAACUCUCUGAAUGAUAUGCAUGUUGCCAUUGAUCACUUCAUCGACGAUCUGACAGAAUCAGGUAAGGUGGGGCUGCUCAGGUGCUACUCAGAACUUGCCGGCAGGGAUCUGCAGGGAGGAACCUUAAGCCGGGAGUCACAGGAGGAGCAGGCCCAAGCUGGACUGUACACACUGCAGUCCUGGGAGGCCUCGCACAUAACCCAGCUGAACACCAAGUACUGGGAGAAGUUCGGGUUCCCCUUCAUCAUCUGUGCUAGAAUGAACGACAAAGACAGGAUUUUACAGCAGCUGUCUGAGUGCUGCAGGAAUGAGUACGUGGUGGAGUUUUUGCGUGCAAUCGAGGAGGUGAAGAAGAUCUGCCACCUGCGGGUCCAAGCCCUAGUCCUCACCGACUAA